AGCCAGUGUUGAAUGAGUCACGAUACUCACUGAGUGGCUGAUGUUGCGUGAGUCAUGAUGCUCAAUGAGGGGCCAGUCACAUGACUGCCGGUCUUGCACACUAGCACCCAAUACAGCGCCCUCAGUGUCACACCAUCUCUGCAAGUAGGAGUGUAUCAUCAUGAAGCUCCUCAUUCUUCUAGCCCUCGUGGCUUUAAUUGCGGCUGAAUUGCCCAGGAUUCAUCUUCAUAAAUUUAAGUCUGUGCGUCGUACCUUACAUGAAGUUAACACAGCUGUGGGUCAGACGCGUCGAAGAUGGGGAAAUAGUGGACCCAUGCCAGAACCUUUGUCAAACUACAUGGAUGCACAGUACUACGGUCCAAUUUCCAUUGGAACUCCACCACAGUCUUUCCGAGUUGUCUUUGACACAGGCUCUUCAAAUUUGUGGGUACCUUCCAAGCAGUGUCACUUCACAAAUAUUGCAUGCAUGAUUCACAACAAAUAUGAUUCACGGAAGUCUUCAACAUACAAGAAAAAUGGAACUGAAUUUGCCAUCCAAUAUGGAUCAGGUUCUCUCUCUGGCUAUUUGUCUACUGAUACUGUUAAGAUUGGUUCAUUAACUGUGGCACAACAAACAUUUGCUGAAGCUUUGAGUGAACCUGGUUUGGCUUUUGUCGCUGCUAAAUUUGAUGGAAUUCUUGGAAUGGCAUAUGAUAAUAUUGCUGUGGAUGGUGUUAUGCCAGUUUUUUACAACAUGGUCAAACAGAAUUUGGUUCCCUCUCCAGUUUUCAGCUUUUAUCUCAACAGGGACCCAGCUGCCCCUGAAGGAGGUGAGCUCAUCCUUGGAGGUUCCGACCCAAAAUACUACUCGGGAAACUUCACUUAUUUACCUGUGGAUCGGAAAGGCUACUGGCAGUUUAAGAUGGAUGGGAUGCAAAUGAAUGGAGUUACUGUGCCAUUUUGCCAAGGUGGGUGUGAGGCCAUUGCUGACACAGGAACCUCUCUCAUUGCUGCUCCACUUGAAGAAGCUCGGACUAUCAAUAAAAAGCUUGGUGCAAAGCCUGUUAUGGGUGGACAGUGGGCAGUGGACUGCAAUUUGAUUCCUAACUUGCCCAAGAUUUCAUUUGUUCUUGAAGGCAAACCUUUCACAUUGGAGGGCAAAGAUUACAUUCUACGGGUGAGCCAAUUUGGACAGGUGACAUGUUUGUCUGGUUUUCUUGGCCUUGAUGUACCUCCUCCCAUGGGCCCAAUCUGGAUCCUUGGAGAUAUAUUCAUUGGUCGCUUCUACACAGAAUUUGACCUUGGAAACAACAGAGUUGGUUUCGCUACAGCAAAAUAGACAUUAAUUAGGGAUAAAUGAUAAUGAAGUGUUAAGUUUCAUUAAAGAGGGCAUUACCUAAUGAUAUUUAAAUGCUUGCAUUAUUGCAUGAUUAUUGCAUGUAAAUUUAAUGAUAUGAGUAAUAAGUAGAGUUGAGUAUUAAUAUUUUGUCCACAUGGACUAUGCAGGUUCCAAAGGAAAUGGUUAUGAAAGAAAAUGGGAAGAGAUUGAUGAUAUUUGAAGACUGUGUGUAUAAUGAAGAAACAGUUCGCGAGGCAGAAAUGCCUUGAGUAAACUAUGUACAGUAUGUAAUAGGCUUGUCGGUUACCAAUACCAUGAUCUUGAUGAAAAAUGUAGUACCUGUAGCAGUUUGGAAUGUGUUAAGGAACCAUAGGUUCAGACAUAGUGAGAUUUAGUCUAUAUCAUAGUAAGAUAUGAUGGGCUUCACAGAAAUGUUCAUAUUUUACAUGUUACAUUUGAAAUAAAAUGGCAGAUUUUAGCAAUUUCUUGUUAUUGCUCUCUUUGAGCUAGCAGCUUUAUUUAAGAAAUACUGUAUGUACAGUAUGUAUAAGAAAUAAAUAUUUUAUGUAACUUAAUCUGCACUUCGGUGAAAGUGUUGAUAUAACUGAAGAUAAUAAUGUGUAAUGAAACCUUGCAAUACUAUAUUACUGUAUAACCUUUUUGAAAAUUUGUUUAUUUAAUUUUUAAAUACAGAGGAAAACUAAUAACAAUGUAAUUUUCAUUUAGUGCAUUUACUUGUGUAUUUAUAGUGCAUUUACAGUGACUUCAAUUUUAAAUUAAUAAAUAUUAGCUAAUGCAUAUAGCUAAGAAAUUAUUAAAACUAAUUUGUUAUUGAACGUAAAUACGAUUACAAGUUUAUUCCAUUUGUCUCGUUUUGUGGAUUUCUUUGUAUUUGUGUUAGUUAUUAUAAUAAUAUACAGUACAGUAUAAUAAUGUUUAAAGUUUUUGUAAGUGUAACUUGUCAUAUUAUAAUAUCAUUUGCCUAUCAGCUGCUGUUUCGAGCAGCUUUGGGGUGAACAGGAAACCAAAGACAUAUGCAGUCUCAUAUUUUGUCUGAAGAGUUUUCCAGAUGAAUUUUUAAUUUUGUUUUAGCUUUGACCUAGGAAGGUAGACUGUUUCUGUAAGUGUACCAAUCUGGGAUAAGAAAAAUUCGUUGCCUGUCCUAUUCUGCAGCUUUGUGAACUUGAUUUUUGCCCCAUGUACAUGUCAAGUUGACCUGUAAUAGUUGGGGUUUAUACAUCAUGCAUCUUGUUCAUAAUGUUAUAUAAACCAAAAUGUUCUUGCAUCUUACAUACAUAGUAAUAAUAAUGUAUUAAUAUAUU